GUCUACGUCACUCGGGCCCCACUCGACAGGAGCGGCAGCUACAGCGUCAGCGAACUCAAUGGCGCUACGCGCGGCGGAGCUCCGGCGACUCCUCCUUCCCCGCGUCGGCGGCGGCGAGGCGGCCCUCCCUCCUGUCGCCUGGCGCGGCCGGUCGGCGAGCACCGCAGCCCCGGCGGACAAGGAGCUCGCGGGGAAGAGCGCCUACGAGGUCCUCGGGGUUGGGGAGACCAGUUCCAACGCCGAGAUCAAGGCCUCCUUCCACCGCCUCGCGAAGGAGACCCACCCAGACGUCGCCGCCGCCGCUGGUUCCCGACGGUUCCUUCAGAUCCUCGCCGCCUACGAGAUCCUAUCGGAUUCACAGAGAAGGGCUCACUACGAUAGCUACCUGCGAUCGCAGAGGCGAAUCGUGCAGAAGCAUCCUAGGCCAUCUCAGUUUGUCUAUCCAAGUGGUUCAGGCUCAGGCAUUGUGGUACCUAGAGAGAGCAAUGUUGUUGAGUGGCUGAAAUGGUAUAGGCUUACCAUCGAUGACAUUGUUACCAAGAAGCGGGCUGCCACUGGCUCAGGUUAUUUUGAUAGGCUUGAAAGUGAACUGUACACAGCAAUCCACGCUGCAUACUAUGGCCCUGAUGUUGAGUCCAUGGAUGUCCUUCCUGAUUGCUUUGAAGCGGAAGAGAGGUCUGUGUAUGAGACAUCUGAGUUAUUGCACCUUGUAUCUGGCCGUGAUCUGUUUGGUAUUGUUAGUGUGUCUGAUAGUGUCAAGGAGCUGUCAUAUGCUUGUCACGAGAAGCUUACAGAGUCUGGUUUAAGAGCUUCUGGGUUUACUGAAAAUGUUUCAAGAAAUGCAAAUAAGGAUCAAGUGUCUAUGAAUCCGGUUGAUAUCCACAAUAAAGAGAUGGGGCUUGAAGAUGAUAUUCCUUCAUCAGAUGCCUUCAAGGAUGUUGAGUUGCGCAUAUGUGGGAAAGUAGUGGCUACUGCGACUAGGAGCCCCAAGUGCAAUUGCAUUGACAAAUCGGAUGUGGAAGAUCACAUUCAUGUAUAUCUUGUACCAAAUGCGGAUACAUCUGAUUUAAUGCAAGAGCAUCUUCUCUUAGGCACAAUUACUGGGUUAGCCACCACUGGGGAGGAAGGAUCUUGCUGUGUCUAUGAUGAUCGUGGCAUAAAGACACAUGUAAUUAUGAAACACAGGACAUUGAUGGUUAAACACAUGCACUGGUAUCAAGUUGGAGAUAAAGUUUCACCCUGUGAGUGUCGAUGUAGUAGGGCUCGGUUGCCACCUAGCAGAUAUUGGCUCUUUGAGCCUCGUUGUUACAUGCAUGACACUGGUGGGUGGUACAUCGAGACAUAUGGGAGAGACAAGAAAGGGAAGACAAUUCCAUCUCAGAGGCAUUGGGAUGGUUUCAAUGAACAUUCUGAAAGGAGAUUGCAUCCAGCUAUGUAUCUUGUCGCUCUUGCUUACAGAUCUUUGGAUCUUGAAGAUGCUCGAAGAAGACAAUGGAACAUGAGUAACUUCCUGCAAUUGCCGUUGUCUCACAUUCUUCAGUUGUUCAAAAGAAUUGUUAAUGGCCAUGGGGAGAAGAAGGGAGUUGACUGAGGACACCACGAGAAUUUUUGUUUAGGAAUCAUUUUCUUGCUUUACCAACUUUGCCUGAAGCUUGGUGUCAGUGUCACCCCUUGUUUCUGUUUCAUCCUAUCUUUGAAGCAGCUGUUUGUCAAUGUGGCAAUGUAGUUUGCUAGGAAAUAGUGCAGCUUUCUUUAAAUGAUAACUGAAAAGACAUAUUUCUGAGGCUGCUGCAGUGCCGCCGCCCAUUGGACAUAGAGCAUGACAGCAGCAUAUGCAGAUCGUGCGAUGGCAUAGGUUAUAUUAUGAUGCUUAAGGGAGCGUGAUGAGGUUGCACCUGAUAAAUUUUGGCAUAUAGGACAUGAAGCUGCCAAGCUGGCUUCCACAUUUUUAGGGUUUCAAGUCUGUUCGGUCUGUUGCCACUUGCUGCUCACCUGCCCUAUGCCUCCAACAAUGAGUUAUCCAUGGCUUUGGGAAACAAGAACAUGUCGGAUUUCAAAUGGUAUUUUGGUGUGCCCUCGGUCCUCAUCCAUAUCAGAUUCAAACCGGUAUUUGGCGUGCCGAAUGGAUGGAACACCUGCACCCCAUCGUGUUCCUGUACCACUGGUUGUGUUACUUCCCUUUAUGGAUAUCGCUUACACUUUUGGCUGUCAGUAUUUAAUGGUCGAUCAUUUGGUCCCUUUUUCAUGCAAAUUACAGAAACAUGAUAUCAACUACUAUUCCGCUCUUUUUUUUAAUAAGAAACUCUUAUUCUGCUUGAGCUUGUACUGUCAACUGUUAAACAAGCAAGUACAAGAUGUGUGCCCUUCAGAAAACCAUCUGGGCUUGAGCCCACCGUACCUGACCUGUAUUAGUUGCAGACACGUGACGUUCUGUCGUCGCGCGCCGCGUCCGUCUUUCGCCUAUUUGGUCCCACAUGUCAGUGCUCCGACAUCUGACGAACAAAAAAAAUUCGCUCCACAUCAGAGAUUCAGACUAUUCAGAGGGGACGACCCCCGCCUCCUCUCUCGUGACGCGAGGUCGCGAGCAACCUCUCCUCCCAUUGCCGGAUCGUCCUCGCCUCCCGACCCAUACGCGUCAGACGAGAGGCGGCGAGCACGCGUAAUGAAGGGGGGUGGCGUCAUCAGGGCCUCCGGCGGAGGCGCCGGCGGCGUGGGGCUGAUGCGGACGCGGCUGCGGCUACCCGUGGUGCUCCUCUCCUGCUCCCUCUUCUUCCUCGCCGGCUUCUUCGGCUCGCUCCUCCUCACCCAGGAUCCGGAGGAGGCGGACAUGCCGGUGCCGAGGGAGCGGCUGCUGGAGGCGGCGUUGCCCGAGAUGCCCUACGGCGAGUCCGGCGAGGCGGCGCCGUCCUUGAUCCCAUACCAGAUUUUGAGCUGGCACCCUCGUGCAUUGUACUUUCCACAAUUUGCGACAUCAGAACAGUGUGAAAAUAUAGUAAAAAAUGCAAAGGAAAGACUUGCACCAUCAACAUUAGCUCUGAGGAGAGGAGAAACUGCGGAGAGUACCAAGGGAAUCAGGACAAGUUCGGGAACAUUCCUCAGUGCUAAUGAAGACCCAACUGGAACCCUUGCAGAAGUUGAGAAAAAGAUUGCAAGGGCUACCAUGAUACCCAGAAAUCAUGGGGAGCCCUUUAAUGUCCUGCGGUAUGAGAUUGGACAAAGGUAUGCUUCACACUAUGAUGCAUUUGACCCAGCCCAGUAUGGUCCGCAAAAAAAUCAAAGGGUGGCGUCUUUCUUGCUUUAUCUCACGGAUGUUGAAGAAGGGGGAGAAACAAUGUUCCCAUAUGAGAAUUGGGAGAAUAUGAAUAUAGGCUAUGAUUAUGAAAAGUGCAUUGGCCUAAAGGUAAAACCAAGGAAGGGCGAUGGACUGUUGUUUUACUCCCUCGCAGUAAAUGGCACCAUUGACCCGACUUCACUUCAUGGUAGCUGCCCCGUGAUCAAGGGUGAGAAAUGGGUCGCCACAAAAUGGAUGAGAGGCAAUAUAGUUUAGAGAUUGAGAGGCACAAGGGUCAAGACGCCCUCCAAAAUAGAUCAUACGCACAUAUACUAACCAUUUUUUUUACUUGUUCAAUUGCUGUGGACAUUGAUGGAAUAGUGAAAAGAACGUGUAACCAUUCUGUUUGCAUUGUGUCAAUAUAUACUUAUAGCGUUACAGCGA